UGAUUGGUUACCAUGAUGGCCAUGUCAUUUCUCUAGAGAAAACAAUAAAAGGAUCAUGAUAAGAAGUUGCUCAUUUUUUCAUCAUACUUUGUAGUUAAUUUGUAAUCUUUGUGUUCACUGUAAAUUUCAAAAUGACAACCAUUGACCCUGUCUACACAGAUUGUGAUUUUACUGUUUCAGUCGGAGGUGAGUUUUCUUAUGUGUUCAACGCUGUUAUAAUUCAAAUUUUCAGAUGCUUUUGUAAUUGUCAGGGAUAAAAUUUCCAAAGGUGAUCCGAGAAUUAUACAAGCUAUAUUUUUUGGCAAAAAUGUUGUUGACAUUGGUCAAAAAAUCAAGGAUAGAGUUGAAGUUGAAGAUCCAACUGGAGUUUCCCAUACUGUCAUUCCGAUUUUUUAUGGAACAAAUAGUCUUUGUAAAAGUAAACUUCGUGAAAUUGGUUCUGGUCCAUUAAUACUGAGCAACCCAAGAAAGACUCCUUAUAAUGUGAAUGGCCAUAACAUGACAGCAUCAAGUUCAAGCCAUGAAAAGGUCAACAACAACCACGCUUUUGAUCAGCAAAACUCUUUCUAUACAUUGAAGCGAAAUUUUGAAAGUGUUUCCAAUAAGAUAGAUCUUUUGUUCAAAAAUCUUGUUGAAAGACUGGAACUCAUUGAAGAAAAGAUUGAUAACCAAGUAUCUAGUGCAAACUUUCGUGAUCCGUCACUCAGCAUCACUGAUCAUGCUAUGACUGAAAUGGCCAACCAUCGUAAUGAUCCAAAGGUACAUAUUAAAUGAAAAUAUAACUCACAUUUAACAAUUAUGUUUGCUUGAUGACACAGUGGCGACGUAGAGUCAAAAACAUGGAAUGGCCACAGUUGAAUAAAGAUCAAAUUGACUCGGUUCGCUACGAGCUACUCAAAGGAAAUAAAGCAGCCUCAAAGACAGCUAUUUCCUUAGCUAAAAUCAUAUACGGUGAUAAAUUGAAAACACAUAUACUUGGUGAAAAAGGUCGUUUGGUGCGAGCGCCUAGGGAUGGUGAACGUGCCUUGGUCAUUCCAUUGGAAGAAGAAGAAAUUUUGCGAGGUAAAUCACAUACAUGGCCAUGUUAUGUCAUGCAACACUAAUUUUUACAUAGAUAUUCUUUCUUGCUUUGGAAAUGAUUUAUUCAAUGAUCCAACGAAUUGGGAGGUUUUGGUUAGAGGACCAGUUAACCAGAGUGGUAGAGAGCGCAAGAGGAAGCGCAAUGAAAGCAUUGAAAAAAAUAUCUCGGGUCCAUCUGGAUUGGAAAGUUCAACGCAAAUACCACAAACACAAAGUAAAAAAAGUCGACGAGAUGAUUCAGAUGGCUCAGAUAUAGCCUCUGAUAACACAAUUGGUGGCGGUGAACAACAAGAUGAACAAUGAAAUUUUGAGAUUUACCAUGGCCAUCACAAACAAAACAGCAUGGCUUUUGGUACAAAGUGAACUUUUAUAACGUUCCCUCUGUUAAAAGCAUAUGGGUUUAAACACGCUGUUCAAUUUUUAGAAUAUUUUUGUUUAGUUAUUUAUUUUGUUAUAAUUGGUGCUAUUUUUUUGAUUUUCUCAAAUUAUUUUCGUAUUAUUACUGUUGACUUUUCGUGCAACCGAUUCUAAUAAUGGAUGACAAUAUAGAAAACGAGCCUUUGAGCUUUGAAGAUCCUGAUUCUACUUUAUUUGAAUCGAUCCCGGUUUUAAAAGAGAAAAUUAACUUUCUCGAGAUUAUGGUUCAACAACUUAACAGCAGAGUAGCUUCACUAGAAGCAAUCAAUUUUCCUCAUGUAACUAGUAUGGCCAUGGUCAAUCAAGAAUACCCUGCUGAAUGGUCACUCAAGGGUCAAAAAGACUACAUUACUUAUGCUGAGAAAAAGCUAUCUCUUUUGAAACGUGACAAUGAGUGGAGGAAAAAUUUUCUAGCAAUCCAAUUUGAAGGUUUAUCAAGUGAAUCUAAAGAUCGGAUUAUAUCAGCUAUCAAUAAGCAAAGAGUCUCAGCUUCAAGAAUAGUAAAUACUAUCGCUAAAGAAGUACUUGGAAUAGAUGCUAUAAAGAAUUACUCAAUCGGAUGUCAUGGUAUGGCCAUUGCAGUUGGCUCUAGUCACAUGUUUGCCGUCCUCCGCUGGCAGAAGACGAAGAAAAUAAAUUACGAGCAGUUCUUGGAUUCAUCGAGCAAAUAUUUGUAACUAAAGAUGGCUGGGAAUAUCUAGUGAGAAGACCUGUCAAUCAGAUGGGACGCGAGUUUAAAAGCGGUAAAAGAGAUUCCCUUGAUAUUGCUGAACUUUUCAAAACAAGCAAUAAGGCUAAAAGACCAUCAAACAUUCCACAAACAUUGACUUCGGCUGAACCUACCAUGGCCAUAACGCAGUCAGACCAGCAAGAAAAAGCGAAUCCAAGUGGAACUAUCAGUGUUUCUAACCAAAAUGUCAAUCAAUCAAGAGAUAUAA